AUGCAACAUCCCACAGCGAUCAACGGCACCCAAGCUUGUGCUGUUUGCAAAUAUCAACGUAGGAAAUGCACCAAGAACUGUCUUCUUGCACCCUUCUUCCCUGCGAAUCGUCAUAAAGAUUUCCUCAACACGCGCAAGCUUUUUGGGGUUCGAAAUAUCAUCAAGAUCAUCGAGAAUCUUACCUUUCAGCAGCGAGUUAUUGCUGUGAAGACCAUCAUCUACCAAUCUAAUAUGAGAGUCUUUGAUCCGGUUGGCGGUUGUUAUAAGUACAUACUCGAUUUGCACAAGCAGAUCUAUCGGUACCAGGCUGAACUUAAUCUCGUAAACCAACAGCUCGCCAUUUGUAAAGCGCAGUUGAUGUUUACUCAACCGCAACCGGCGCAGAAACAGAAACAAGUGGCGGUGGGAAACUAUGGAGAUGGUCAGAACUCGGAAGGUUUUAAUAUAUUUGAUACGGUUCGUGUCGAUGAUCAAUAUUCUCGAUAUUUAAACGGUGGUGAGUCGUCGUCUUUGAUGUGUGCUUACGAUGUGUUUGAUUCUAAUCCUGUUAAAGUCGAAGUGGAGGGGGCUUCAAAUGGAAUUCCACCAUGUAAACAACAAGUUCCAUCAGAUGUGGGUACAGAAAUGAAGCCAUUGUCUACUGAUAUACGAGACGAAGCAUUUUGUUUCGAUUUAGAUGGUAAUGUUUUUCAGGAUGUCGGUGAAGAUAUCAAGCCAUUGCUUUCAUUCCUAUACGAUAAGAGAGAUGAAAUAUGUUGCCUCGACUCAGGUGGAUCUAAUUCUCAAACCAGUGAUCAACUUGUGCUGAAGGAAAGGACUGCUGAGUCAACUCAACAUCAGCUGAAGCAUGAUCUAAAUGGUGCUGCUUCCCUGUUUAAUUUUACAAAUGGCAAAGGAACAGAUAAAUGUGCAUGAUUUUGAAAUUCUACAUAUUCUAACGCU